CGACUACAGCGGUUAUGAAAGCCAGGACGGCGUUGUCGAGUACGGCGGUGGCAACGAUAGAGCCAACCAUGGUGGACGACGCUGGUAGCGCCGCGGACUUCAGAAAGAUCUUGGACACGUUCCAAGACAAACAGACGGCCGACCUUUACUCGCGGCAGGUGGCGCUGCUGCAAGUGUUGGUUCAGAAAUUUCCAUCGGGGUUCAAGAUGCAAGAUUUGCCAGAGGUGGAGGCGAUAUUGCGCGUCGCAUACGAGAAGAUCGAGGCUGGCGUCGACGUGUUGAUCGAGCCAGUGUGUGGCCUCGUCGCCCACUGCAGCAAACCAUACUUGCGAGUGAAAUCGAACGAAGAGUUCACGUCGCCCCAGUUGUUGCACACGUUGAUGUGCCUGUUAGGCGAGUUUCUCCUGUCGUUCGAACCACAGAUCCAAGUCGUUGCCGCCGACACCCUUCGAGCAUUGGCCACCGGCGCAUGUCUGGGCCAUCCCCCUCGACAAAGCGGCAACUCGGACGACCAUAGCGAUGACCAGCGACCGCUGCCCAGAGAUUACUCCCAGCAACUCGUCGAGCGUUGUGGGAUUGUCGAGGCGUCCGCCGCGGCCCUGCAGCGUCUUUUGGACGACCAAGAGGCCAGUGACGACGCUAACCGCAACAAACGGAUGGACUUGCUUCUAUUCCCCAUCGUGGACUUGCUUCAAGAGAUCUCUAGCUGGGGACCCAACGCCCAGAUCCUCACGGCCCACGGCAGCCACGACCGCAUUCUAGACAUCCUCGAUCAAAUCGACGACCUGCGCGACGAAUUUUUGCCGCUGUGCCUUGAAAUUCUGUGGAACGUGCUGGAGAUUAGCGCCACGACCACUGCCACCAUCCAAAGCUGCAGAUCACGCGCCGUGAUGCUCCACGCGCUUCGCACGACCAACGCCAUCCACGCAAUGGGUAGCCUUCGGACGUUUCAAGUGCUGCACAAGCUGUUGCAGCGAUUGCUCGUGCACGGCUACCGCAAACAAGACAAGGAACUCCGCAACACCACGUUGAUGAUCCUCGACAUUCUCGCGUCCAAGGCGCGGAACCUGCCGCUGUUCGCAGAAUCCGGACUGCUCGGGACCUUGCUCAAAUACGCGACUGCCGCGGACCUCCCCAGCACCACCACGUCAACUUUGGCCAAAUCAUCCCACUUUGCCUCGUCCUGCGACGAAGAUUUCGAGUUCAAGCACAUGCUAUGGGUGGUGCUAGCCGACGUGGCCAAAGACAACAUGGAAGCCGCCCGCCUGGUCUCUGACUCGCCGUUUAUUCACGUAUUGUUGCUGUACGUGUCUCCUCAAUCGCACCACGGUGGGCAGCACUUUACACCCGCCCAACGGCAUGUGCUGCAAGUCAUGGCGCUGCAUGUCCUCUCGACGCUGGCCCCGCGCAUGCCCGACCUGUUUGUCCAACUGCUUGGCCACGUCGCGCUGUUGGAAUUCGUGCAGACAAGCCACGACGAAGACGCCAGUGCGUUGGCCCUCCAGCUCUUCCACGAGCUCAUCUCGACGUCCAACGAUAUGCAAACGGACGUGGGCAACAUCGGCGGUGUCGAAGUCAUGCUGACGCUGUUUGCAGACGUCGCUCGGGCGUGUGCAGUGCGCCGCACGGCCAUUGCCGUAUGCGGUGCCAUGUGCCACCACCACGACGCCAAUCAAACGCGGUUCCGCCGGGCUCAAGGGGUUGCCGUAUUGAGUUUGCACUUGCACUUUGAACCCGCGCACGCGGUGAGCCAGGACAACCUGAUCGUAUCCGUCGUGGGAUGUGUCUGGGACAGCAUCAUUGGCAACGCCGAGAGCGAGCUGUGUCUGAUCCAAUCCGAGGGUGUCGACAACCUCCUCGAUUUGCUCGAAGUGUGCCCUCAGCUCAUGCACGGCCAGGUCCUCGGUGUACUCGCUGAACUGUGUGAAAAUGUCAAGGCGGUGGCGUAUUUUCAAGCGUGGAAGAGUAAAACCCAAUGCAGCGCCACCCAGAUGCUGCUUCGCAUGUACGCGGACGAAGAAACUCGCUUGGGGGUCCAACGACCUGCCACGGGACUACUGCAAAACAUUGCGCGACCGCUUGCGAUGCAAGUGACGCCCCCGUCUCCCUCGUCUGGGAGUGACAAGCAGCCGGUGGUGGCCUUCGUGCGGCUGAAACAAGCGCUCGUGCAUUCAAAAGGCACCCGACACACUGAUCCUAGCCGACGGUUGGUGACAGCCACAGCCAAAGUCGACCUCCGAUCCAAGAUAUUUGCCGUGUUGGCGAGCGUGGGGUUUUCAUGCGUCCCGGACGACCUAUCGUUUAACGAGCAAAUGACGUUAGCAGUGGCCAAAGAAUUCCCCGUGUUUCUCGUGGGCGAGGAGUGGCUCAACGUCAAGUUGGCGCUGUAUGCUCAAAACAUUCGUCCGAUUUAUGCGGAUGCCCUCCUCAUGGAGAUGAAGCUCGAGCACGUAUACUCGGUCGUGACGAAAGUGCGAUGCUGCCAGGAAGACAUAUACGCUCGAAAGGAAAGCCUCAAAGCCAAGGACGAGGCGCUCUUCUUUGCAGGGGUGCGCCACCAGAAGGAGCAAGAGCGGCAAACGUCGUCCAAGAAAACCGUGUCCAACUCCAGUAUGAAAUCACAUCUGGAAGCCAAGAAGCGGAAGGCUGACAUGCUGCGCAAGUCCACAAUGGUGGACCAAGCGACGGAUGAGUGCAUUGACCUCCCAACGAAAUAUGUGUUUACGGACCCCCCGCCAGUCUAUAACGACUUGUAAUACACUGGAAUUAUACUGCCAGG